GUGUGCUCCGCCAUUUGAACAAUCGUGUUCACUUGGAAGAUACGAUCGCUUCAGUUUUCUGAGGAUUUUUACACGCUAAGUGGAUAUAUUUCCAUUUUGGAGUACCGUAUCGUCUAGUUAAACCUCUGUAGUAGCUGAUGUGGCAAUUUUUUGUGUGGUUUGGCUCCAGUUAGAACGGAGUUUCGAUGGAGACCGAACCUAAACCACAGCGCUUUCAGCGGAACAGGCGGCGUGAGAGAGCAUAUCAGUUGCAGCAGGAAAAACAGGGUACACAAGAUGCUAGUGGGGAUGAAGGGGAUGAAUCCCCACCCCGCACUAGCAAGGAUAAGGGGCGUGGCAAGCCCAGGAGACGAAGGAACAGUUCGGUAGAAGAGGAUAUCAUCGACGGUUUUGCUAUAGUCAGCUUCAAAAGCCUAGAAGAUUUGGAGGAGUCUUACAAAAACACAAAUGGGAUUCGCCAGCCUAAACCGGAGAAGCCCAAUUCUAGACCGCCAUCUCCACCAAAGGAGAAACAAAAGCCGAUUAAAAAGAAGUACCAGAAAAAGAACUGUAGUACCGCCCCAUCCCCUACAAGUGAUCAGCCCUCACCAACUGUAGACCACACCCGAAGCCCUGCCCCAGAAGACGAAGAGCCACAGACGAAUGGACCUCCCAGGAGUAUAUCAAGGGACAGAUUGAGUGACGCCAGUACUCACUCCAGCUCGGGGCAAGGAUACAUUCCUGAAUGUGAAAGUGAGAGUGAAGAUGACCAGGUCUCUGAAUCGGGAUCUGAUCUCUUCACCGCCGUAACUGUCAACCAUAAUCGUUCAUCCAGUGAGCGACUUGCACCGACAAUCCCUCUCACACCACCUCCUCCUCAACAACCAACACCACCAGCAACUACAUGUAACGGCACUGCAGUUGUUACAACAACACCCAGUACAACAAUCAGUGUAACAACUGCAACAACAACAACAACAACCUGUAGCACGCCAACAACAUCACCGGCAUUGACUACAACUACCAUAUGUCGGCCACCCUCACGGCCUCUGGUGUCUCCGGUGUUGAGCCGCCGACCCACGCCAACACCGCCGCCUCCGCCCCCACGCCAGUCACCCCUUCCCCCACGCCAGUCACCUGUACCCAUUCCUAAGCAGAAACUACCCCCACCCCCAGUGGUAGUGUCGCGAGAGCCUGUCAAGGUCACCCCUCCACCAGUGAAGACCCCGAGGAGGGACGAGUCAGCACCUCAUCUACAUCCACACCCACAUAGUCAUCCUCAUCCACACGCCCCUCACCCACAUCAGCAUCAACAUCAGCGUGAUAGAGAGAGGGAGAGAGAAAAGGAACAGAGGGAAAGAGAGCAACGUGAGAGGGAGAGAGAAAUCUCCUCUCAUCAUAAUUUAUUCCCAGGGUCAUUGCCCUUCUCAAAGCCAUCUCUCUGGCCACCUUCGGUCAGCAACCACCUGUACAGUGGCCAUCAUCCCCUUGCUCACUCCCCGAGCCUCCACUCCCCCAGCCUCCACCCCCUUCAUCCCCACGGCCCCUCAUUUCCCCCUCACAGUGUCGCCCAGUCCCCCAUCCAACAUACGACCCCACCCCAUCCUUCACACAGCAUGUUCGCACCCCCCAUACCGCCAGGACCACCACCGCUAACGUCAACCGCUCUCACCCCAGUCGCAGCUCCAGCCAACCACUUCGCCAACGAGCCUAUCAUCAGAAAUCAAGACUUUCUACAUCAGGAUCUCAAUAAUCGUAUCCUAGCCCACAACCGCGAGACAAGUCAGCCAAUCGGGCCAACCCCCUACAUCCGCAGCGAAACAACUCAUCACCAGCAUCAGCAUCUUCACAAUCAUCAACACAUGCAUCAACACUACAACGCCCUGGGGCCGCCACCCUCACUCGUGCCGACCCCACCCCCUCAUCUGUUUGAUAAAAUUCCAAAGGCAUACGACAGUCUGUAUCGGCCAAGUUUGAUGCCGUCACCCUACCCAGGGUUCUCGUCUCUGCUGCCCCCAGGACCUACUGCCAAUCACCUCACCUCGGGGCUGCACGGUGCAUUCCAACCCAAGGUUAGGUCCAUGCAGCCGUCAACGUCCUCUGUCCUACUUCCAUUGAGGGACAGAGACAAGCCCCUGCCACCAUCGACUUCUCUCCCGCAGCAGAAAAAGUCCGGAAAAUGGUGUGCAGUCCAUGUACGAGUAGCAUGGGAGAUUUACCAUCAUCAGCAGAAGCAACAGAAUGACCCAACAAAAGGUCUGGAGGUGAAGCCAGGCGACCCUCUGCGUCCCCCUAGUCAUCUAAUGCCAGGUCCCGCCCUCCAUCCUAGACCCCCAGAAUUAGGAGGAGGUAACCCAGGUUCUCUAUUGGGUGCUCACUCCAGAAGUUUAUUAGAAGCCCAUGGUUCCAACAGCUUCCUAAACCCUCAUAUAGGAGUUCCAUCAUUCCCCAGGCCAUCCCCGUAUCCAAGUUCAGUUGGUUUCGGCGGCCUUGGUAGCCUAGGUAGCCUUGGAGGUAGUCCAUUUGGUACUGGUCGUGACGUCACUGCAAUACCGGGGGUAACACCCCCUCACGAAUGGAACCGUCUGCAUCGAACACCUCCGUCAUUCCCAUCAUGGCCGAAGCUGGAUCUCGACCGAGAGAGCGAGAGGGAACGCGAGCUUGAACGAGAGAGGGAGAGAGAACGGGAACAAAGGGAACGGGAGCGAGAAAGGGAACAACGGGAAAGGGACCGAGAACGGGAGUUAAAUGAGAGGAGGAGAGAAGAAGAAAGAGAAAGGGAGCGUCGGAAUGCCGAGUCAAGAGAACGUCUUAACAGUUUUGUGGACAUUGAAAGAUCUCGGGACAGAUUUAAAGAGCAUGAGCGUCGGCGAUCUCGGUCAAGGUCAAGGUCACCGAUGCGAAAUGGCCGUGUAGACUCUGCCAAAUCGGACACUAGCAGUUUAGAAAGGCAGAGUAUAAAAGUUAAAGAGGAAAGGAGAGAUGAAGAAUUUAUUAAUAAUAUCAAUAACAUGAACGCUGAGCGUGAAAAAUUAUUGAGGAACAAUUUAGUCGGCCUUGGACAUGUGCCUCCAACCAACCCAAUGGUUGGGUUUAAUAUGUUAGAGAGAAAUCGUGUGCUUGGACCACAUUAUUUUCCAAUGGAUCGGCCACCUCAUAGUCAACCUUUGUGGAACCCAUUCGAGAAAGGUUUAUCCAUGAAUCCUUUGGACUUAGAUCGAGAGCGAAUGGCAGCCCUGAGAUUCACUUCCCCAAUGGCUGUGAUUGAGCAGGAACGUCUCAAGGAGCAGAUUAUGCGAGAAGAAAUGGAGAUGAGGAGCCGGUAUCUUGACCGCAUUCCAUCGUACGAUAGGUUCGCCUUUGAGCAAAGCAAGCUGCCUAUGAGGACACCCGACCCUUUGGGGCUUCCUCCUUUCUCAAGGACAAUCAGUCCUGCAGUGAACCACAGUGGUCACGGACACUCCCACCACAACCAUAACCACAACCACAACCACAACCACACCGGGCAGCAAGACGGCAUCCCCUGCCAUCAUUCCCGGGGCUCCCCCGCCUCUGAUACCAUCUGCCUCCGCAACUCAUUCUCGUAGUCAUAACAACUCGCCAACAAGCAGCAAAUCAAAAGGAUGCAGUCCGGCUGACAGUACGAGCGAAUUAAAAGACAAACGGGACACGAGUUCAACCGAUCCCGACGGUCACUCGCGGUAGUGUCAGCUUUUUUAUUGUGAUGGGUUAGAGAAUCAUUGGUUGCAAAGUUAAAUGUGCAAUCGUGUGUGUAUAUGUGGAAUUGUAUACUCUGUGGAUGUGCUGUCUGUGUUCUUACCAUGGUCGGAUAUGUGCUAAUUGUGAAACGGGACGACCACAGUCGAGAAGGCAACACAAGUCAAACAAUAUGCAAACUUCCAUACCGAUUCCUAAUGGAAAGUGCUCAGGCAACAUGUAAAUCAAGUGCUUACAAAGCCGGACAAAUCACUGGCGUAAACGUGUGAAAACAGGAAUUUUCCCUCAGGAAUUAUUCCAUUAACUCAUGCCAAAAGACAAAACUCUACUGGUCAAAACCAUUUCUUGUUGAGUGUGGCUGAAAUGGCUGCCUCUGUUAAAGUGUGAUACAUAUGAUAUAUUCAUCUGUGCAAACUUUUACUACAACUUGAGCAUUAAAAAUGCACCAAUAAUGCAGAAAUGGCACAGACAUGUACUGGAAACUGGAAGAGGUUUCAAGGGAGAUAACUCUCAUCUUGGUCAUUCCUGACCUCACCUUCUGUAUCUGCCAAAGCGUUUUGUCCAUUGGUUGUCGAAGUAAGAUAACUGUUUUACGGAGGUAGCCUGAGUGAUUUGGUCGGCAUCAUAUGCAAUCCCAGAAUGCAGUGUACAUGCUGCAACCAAGUGCAGAAUUGUUGUGAAAUGCAAUGACAUUUGAAGGAUGGCAAAGUUGUAUAAUUUAAAUUAUUUAUCAUGUGGUAAAUUUGGUGUCUCAAAGAAUGGACUCAAUCUCUGCCUGGAUCGAUGUGAAACUUUAAGUUUUGUAAAAUAUGACAAAUUAUUUUUGUCGCUGUGUUCUGAAAUAUUGUUUUCACUGCACCAGGAAUUUAUGGUUUACUAGUUAGAAUGAAUUUCUUUUUUAUUUUGAUAUACUGGUAUGGAACCAUUAUAUAUUAAAGACUGAUUUCAGCUCUAAGAAUGUUUUUUCUCCUCCUGAGAGGCAGUUUGGGUGACCUUUGAUCCAGAGGUCAUCCUCGAAGCUUAUAUGUACUUGUAUAUACUGUAUACAGUGUUUCUAGACACAAUAGAAACAUCUUAAUAAACUCUUAAAUUAAUUGAACUGAA